AUGUCCGGAUUCCCAUAUGAAGGAUGUUCUUCCGAAAGUCCGUUGAUUUCCGUAGAGAGUACGAAUGAAUGGCAGAUCUACGAUAUCCUCUACGAUGGCCAAGAGCGAUAUUUACAGCCGCUUACGUUUUCCGAUCACGUAUCUAAGCUAGCUCAUCUAGUUGAUUGGAUGAAACUGCAGCAGGACGAAAAUGGCGAAACCAGCGAUGUCACCGGUGAAGAUGCCAAGGCGGUGCAGAAAACCGGAAUCGGCCCAUGGGAAGGAGUCAGCAAACAACUUCACUUAGCAUUGACCGAAAUGAACGUGCUGCUGGACUUGAUCAACGUCGCUAUGACCGGAAAGUAUAUGGUUUUUGACCCGGUGUCCCAUGACCCGUCAGACGAAAAUCGGUCCGGCGGUAAGGCUGAUGCUUACACGUUGGUUUCAAAGCGAAAGUCGUUAUGCUUGGCCAGUAGUGUCCUUCUUGAUUUCGUCGAAAGACAGAAGCAGAAACUAGGAGUGCAGCAAUCGCAAAACGACGAGCAAAGCUUCUUCAGGGAACUGACAAAUCUAAGACGAGGAUGGCGGUUGAAAAAAACUGGCGAUGUGAUUUACGGUGAUCUGAGCUAUCGAUCAUUUGGUCCAAAGUUCCGUCCCAACGCGACGUUCGAAGUUCAUAAGAAGCAAACGAAGAACGACACGCAGAAUAUGACGACGGGUACAGGGGCCAUCAACGGGGGCUGUUCAUCUCUUAUAGACUUGGUGAUUCCACACGAUUUGGCCGAGGAAUGCGUGCUUAAAGUGUUUAUCUUUGACGAGUCGUGUUCCGUGCCGAUCGAAAUGCUGACAUCGCUGGAUAAGUCUAGUUUCAGAAGCAACAUAAGGAACUCCUGCAAAGAGGUGUACAUGUGGCAAGAACGUCUUGAAAAGGCACAGAAAACGUUAUAUCACAAAGACAUGUUCUCUGAAGCCAUUCGGCUGUUGUUUCAGUCCAGCACUUCGUGCCACUCGCUGUUCGUGUUGGAGCACAGCCUGUCGCAGCUGUACUGCAAAGGUAUCGAGAGCUCAUGCGAAGCGGUCAUUAUGCGACCAGUGUCCACUCCGCUGACCACUCAAUCAAAGCGGCUACGGCUGGCAGGACCGGAGGCGAUGAAUGUACGCCAGAUAUGCGACUUUGAAGACGACAGACUUCUGCUCGAACAGAUCAUUGAUCAGGCUUCUCAUUAUCUCUUGCUCCAGAAGACAAAAGCUGCGCUGGAAGAAUUCGCUGCUCGAUGUAUCGAACCGACCAUCUCGGUGUAUUGGACGCCGGAAACGAGCAAAUACGUUUCGCUUGCUCGCAUUCACAUGAUGACUCCGUUUUAUGAGUUUUGUAGCAAAGCCAUGAUUUCGUUAGAAGUGCAUGUCAAAACGCUUCGUGUUACGAUGAAAGAUGGAGAAACGACGGAAAUCACGGAAAACGUCGACGAAUUGAUCAGCUUAUUAGAAGCUCAGGUUAGUGCCAUGAUUUUUAUUAAGAGGUACAUGUGUUAUGUCGGAAAACCAUGUUCAGCUAUUAGGAUCAGGGGAUGAAG